AUGGCAGAAUGCUGCACAGUCAAUGCAGUGAGGGAUGGUAUGAACUUAGUUCCAUACAAGUACACUCUGUGUCGUCAAGGAACUCCUGAGAUGGAUAAGUCUCUGGGACUAAAAUGCUGCACAGUCAAUGCAGUGAGGGAUGGUAUGAACUUAGUUCCAUACAAGUACACUCUGUGUCGUCAAGGAACUCCUGAGAUGGAUAAGUCUCUGGGACUAAGUGAAGAUUCUCCUGGCACGAGAACACGCUUGUUUUGA